AUGACUAUGAAUCGAAACUUAGGCUUUUUAUUCAUUUUUUUGGCUGUACUUUCAAUUGUUAAUGGUAGAAUUAAAUUCGAGUCAUGCGAAUAUCCGAUUAAACACACCAUAAUCGAUAAAAUAAUAAUUAUCCCUAAUCCGCCAGUUUUAGUAGCUUUUUCUAAAAAUGGACAAACUAACAUUCAGAGCAUAAAUAUUUGUAGCGAUGAUGGUAAAACUAUAUGUCCAACUAAAAAAUAUGUUAUAUACUCUGAAAUUACACCUUCUCUAGACUUAGAAAAACCUUAUAUACUUGGGGCUACAAUUGCUGAUUCUAAUAACGAACAAAUAGCUUGUGGCUU